CUCUGACGCUGACUCUUUGGCGGUGGCGCUCCCUCCCGGCUCCUUGUUCCAGAAGUUUCUAAAGCGGCGGCGGCGACGACGACGACGACAUGGCGACAGAGCGAGUCAUUACAGACCAGUUCAUCGCGGAGUGUCCGGAGAAAGCACUGGAGGAGCUCACUGCUGCAGUAGAACAGGAUUUGGAUAAAGCAGAAUAUUACUGUCAAAGAGCCUAUGCACACAUAUUGCUUAAGAAUUACCAAGAGGUGGUGGAAGAUGCCAACAAAGCCCUCAAAUUGAAACCUAACUGUGCUUUAGCAUAUCUCAGAAGAGGAAUUGCAGAGUAUCACUUAAAAAUGUAUCAGUCAUCAAUGGAGUCCUUUACAAGAGGGCAGGAAUUAGAUGGUGACAAUCCCAGUUUUAGCACUUGGAUCAAAACUUGUGAAGAAACACUGAAAUUAGGCCAGCAAGAUGGAAAAGCUGAAGAGAUAUGUACACAACAGAAGGCAGUGCCAAAAGUAAAGCAUGAUUGGUAUCAGACAGAUUCUCAUGUUAUCAUCACAAUAAUGAUCAAGAAUGCAAGCAAAGAUGCUGUGAACGUCGAGUUUUCAGAAAUAAGUGUGAGUGCAACAGUGAAGCUUUCACCAGAAAAUGAUUACAAUUUGAAACUCAGCCUUCUGCAUCCCAUAGUACCUCAGUAUUGCACAGUCAAAGUGCUUGGAACAAAGAUUGAAAUAAAGCUGAAGAAAACUGAAGCCAUUCGUUGGGAAAAGCUAGAAGGCUUUGUCCCAGAUGUAAAGCAUUUUGUGCCAGUACAGCCACAACUGUAUCCAUCCUCGUCUCACUGUACGAAGAAUUGGGAUAAACUCGUAAUGGAAAUUAAACAAGAGGAAAAUGAUGAGAAACCUGAAGGAGAUGCUGCUCUAAACCAGCUCUUUCAGAAAAUUUAUGCUGAUGGGUCUGAUGAAGUGAAGCGUGCUAUGAACAAAUCAUUUACUGAAUCUGGAGGCACGGUUCUGAGUACAAAUUGGUCUGAGGUGGGCAAAAAAACAGUGGCUGUGAAUCCUCCAGAUGACAUGGAAUGGAAGAAACUUUAGUAUAAAUUUAGUACUGUGUUUUCCGUCACAAAUUCAACAGUAAAAGCAGCUCAUGAACUUUUUCUUCUGUUCCAACUGAUUAUGUAUUAGACUAUGCCUUAGCCUUGGAUAACCUUUUGCGUGGAUUUGAUGCAUUCUUUUGUCUGACAUCUAAUGCUCAGAUAUUUUCCCCAAUUUAACAUAAUUUUCAAGUGUCAGCAGUUUCCACCCAUGAAAUAAAUUGGUAUCUAUACA